AUGGCUGUGCGGAACCUUAGCCAGAAUGGAUUACUUCUAAGGAGGCUGAUGCAGAGCGAUGCUGGACGCCUCAGCAUCGCCAGAUACUCUCACUCCGCUUUCCGGACUCAAUCUUUUCAUCCAUCUCGGCCAUCGGUCGGCCUUGAGCUUGCGCAACUCCGGCGUGGCUACUCAACCGGCCCAUCCACAUCGCAAGGAUCCAACAACCCGAACAACUUCCCACCACCUGGAUUCGAUGUCGAGAAGGCCAAACAGCCGCUUACAAAGGAGACUCAGUCGCGGGCUACUUCGUCAAAGGAGCCGCCUACCUCCAGUUCGAUCUUGAGACAGCUGGAUAGCAUAGAACUCGAGUCUAAGGAGCUGGAGAGGAGGAUACACGAUGUUGCUGUGUCGGAGGCAGCGGAGAAAGGCCAGGUAGAGGAGAAGAAGGAGCCUAAGAAGUUGACUAUCGGACAGAAGAUCAAGAAGGAGAUUCAGCAUUACUGGGACGGGACGAAACUUCUGGCUGCAGAGGUGAAGAUUAGUUCCAAACUUGCGCUGAAGAUGGCUGCGGGUUACGAACUGAGUAGAAGAGAGAACAGACAGUUGAAAAGAACCGUCCGAGAUCUGGCCCGGCUUGUUCCUUUCUCUGCCUUUGUUAUCAUUCCAUUUGCUGAAUUGCUUCUCCCUGUGGCUCUCAAACUCUUCCCCAACCUUUUACCAAGCACCUAUGAGGGCCAAAAGUCCAAGGACGACAAGGCCGCUAUUCUCCGAGGCACACGCAAGGAAGUCUCUAAUUUCCUACAGGGAACGCUGCGAGAGACCGGCCUUCCCUUAAGCCCGAUGAACGCUAAGAAGGAAGAAUUCACUGAAUUCUUCCGAAAAGUCCGAGCAACCGGCGAAACCCCGUCGGAUGAAGAUGUUAUAGCCGUCUGCAAAAUCUUCAAGGAUGAUCUGACCCUGGACAACUUGUCGCGGCCGCAACUGGUCGCGAUGUGCAAGUACAUGAAUCUCAACACUUUCGGCACUGAUGCUAUGCUCCGAUAUACCAUCCGUGUCAGAAUGCGCCAGAUCAAGCGCGAUGAUAGGGCCAUUGCAUACGAGGGAGUUGACUCGUUGCUUAUCCCCGAGCUUCAGAUGGCGUGUGCGUCUCGCGGUCUCCGAACCCAUGGUCUUUCCCCUGCUAGGCUCCGGGAUGACUUGUCCAUGUGGCUUGACCUACGUCUGAAGCAGGGUGUCCCAUCUACCUUGCUCGUUCUAAGCAACGCAUACAUGUAUACCCAGCACUCGCAAGAGUAUGAAAUCUCCUCUCAGAUGGAUGCUCUCCGAUCUGUACUUUCUAGUAUCCCCGAGGAGCUGUUCCAUGAGAUCGAGCUCGAGGUCCAUAACGCUGAGGGAGCCGCUACGAACAGACAGCGUCUCGAGGUCGUGAAGGAACAGCAGGAGCUUAUCGAGGAAGAGAACGAACAGAUCACUGAGAACGGCAAUACGGGCAUGCCGGCACCCAAGGACCAUGAGGAUAUCGAUGAGAAAGAGGAUAAGCACAUGGAUGCAUCCUCUGGAGCCGAGUCUACUUCUCAGCCUGAAAAGACGGAGAAUGAUAACGCAGCCGAAAAAGAGUCUACCAAGCAGGAUCAGGCUGAAGAAAAGAAGCAGUAA